AUGUCAGACGAGAAAGUCAAAGUACGCAACAAUUUGACCCAACGUCAGAAAGAACUAUAUUAUAGUAUUGGCUCACAGGAGGAUGCGGGUAAUUUUUUGAAAAUGAUUCUAGAAGAAAAAGAAAAGGGGUUCUUUCGACGUUUCUUUUUUCCUUCAGCUAAACGACAUAAUGAUAGAGCCUCUACUUCUUCCACUUCACAAUCUUAG